AUGAAUACUUACACAUUUCAAGUAUUAUGUUCUCUUGUACGUGUUGAGGGUAAGCUAAAGGAAGAUGGGUUAGUAUCAAUAGAAGAACAAGUAGCUAUGUUUUUACACAUAUUGGCUCACCAUGCUAAAAAUCGUGUCAUCAAGUCUAAAUUCCAACGGUCAGGAGAAACUGUUAGCAGAUACUUCAAUUUAGUUUUAAAGUCUGUGUUGAGGCUGCAAGAAAUUUUAUUGAAGCUACCAGACCCAGUUUCUGAUAAUUGCACUGACGAUAGAUGGAAAUGGUUUAAGGGUUGUCUUGGAGAUUUAGAUGGAACUUAUAUUACUGUUAAUGUUCCUGAGGCUGACAAGCCAAGAUAUAGAAGUCGAAAAGGUGAAAUUGCCACGAAUGUGUUAGGAGUGUGCUCACGAGACAUGAAAUUUGUGUAUGUGUUGCCGGGUUGGGAGGGUUCAGCUUCAGAUGCUAGGGUAUUACGCGAUGCAAUUAAUAGGAGAAACGACCUUAAGGUUCCAACGGGAUACUACUAUUUGGUUGAUGGUGGAUACACUAAUGGGGAUGGGUUUCUUGCCCCUUAUAGGGGGACAAGGUACCAUUUAAGCGAGUGGAGACAUGGACAUGUUCCGACAACUCCUCAAGAAGUUUUCAAUAAGCAACAUGCUCAAGCUAGAAAUGUCAUAGAAAGGACAUUUGGGUUAUUGAAGAUGCGUUGGGCAAUUCUUCGAAGUCCAAGUUUUUACCCCGUUAAAACUCAUAACCGAAUUAUUAUUGCUUGUUGCUUACUACACAAUUUGAUCAGGAGGGAAAUUGAUAUAGAUCCUUUAGAGAUAGAGCUAGGUAACAUGUCUAUUGAUGAGGAGGUGGACGAAGAGCUACAUGAUAGCAUAGACACCAUUCACACCAUUGAUACAAGUGAAGCAUGGAGUGCUUGGAGAGAUGCAUUGGCUAAUGAAAUGUACAAUGAUUGGGUUGCUCAUUAA